AUGGCUGCUCUUGUUAAUCGUGUUACAGCUCUUGUACCAAAACUUGCUCUUCCUGUGGCACGUUAUGGACAAUCAAAAUUAUCUCGAUUUUGGUAUUUUGCUCGUGUUGAAUUACGACCACCAAUGCCCAAUGAAUUCGGUCAAAUUCAACAAGGAAUACAACAAAUUGUUAAAUCAGCUUCAACUGGUGCUUGGCGUCAAUUAACAGUUAAACAAUUUUCAUUAAAUACACUCGUCGGUCUUGAAGUAUUAUUUUGGUUUUAUAUUGGUGAAUGUAUUGGUCGUGGUAGCAUCAUCGGUUACCGACCUGGACGUAGUGAAGGCAUCCCAGCUCCAUAUAAAUACUUUAUAUAUGCAAUGGCCGCUGAUAUGAACGAAACAUUUAUGAUUCGAACAUCAACACCUGAAAUGCCAACUGAAGAUAGUGAAUUACCAAUUGAUAAAAUUCAAAAAAAUUUAACACAAGUCCAAUUAAAAACUAAAUCAGCUGAUGAACACAAUCAACAUAUUGUUCAAACACAACGACAUCAAACACCACCAAUGGAACUUGUUAUUUUACCAAAAACUCAGGAUGAUAUUAUGUUUCCAAAUGUUAUCGAUCUUAACGUAGGUGGUUGUCAUUAUACAACGAGCUUAUCAACAUUACGAAAAUAUGAAGAUUCAAUGUUAGCAGUUAUGUUUAGUGGGAGAUAUGACCUUGUAAGAGAUGAAGAUGGACAUAUUUUUAUUGAUCGUGAUGGAAGUAAUUUCGGCCAUAUUUUAAAUUAUAUUCGUUGUGAUCAAAUGCCACCGGAAUCAGUUGCAUUAGAUGUAUUACGUGAAGCAGAAUUUUUUUGCAUUAGUUCAUUAAUAGCCAAACUAGAAAGUUCAAGUCCAUGUGUUAUAUCGUUACGUCGACGUGAAUCAUUUCGUCGUCUGAUACCCGAUUAUGAAAAUAUGAAAAUGGAUAUUAUUAAUCGAUCAGCUGAAAAACGUUCAUCAUUUCAUGAAUCACGUGUCGUGAUUACACAACUUGAUCAUACAAAAUUAAAAGGAACUAUACCAUGUUAUAAUUGUAGCCGUGAAUUUGUUACAGUUAAUCAUGCUUGUGCUUUUGAUGGUCUUACAGCUGAUUUACAAAUUCAACAACAACUUAAACCCAUACAAUCGGAUAUACAUAUUGAUAUGGAUAAACUUGUCGCUUUUGUUGUUGAUGAACUUGUUCAUGAUGGUUUUAAAGCUUCUGUUGAACGUGUAACAUGUCGUUUUAGUGUCCGAUGUCAAAGUUGUACUCUUAGCGGUUUAUAUACUGCUGGCGGAAUUUUAGCACCAAGAGAAUGUCAAAACAUUGCUCAUGUCGUCAAAUUUAUAUGGUCAUAA